AAUUGGAUUUUUUUGUUUGUCUGAAAAUCAGAUUAUCUGUCAAUCUGUUACUGUAAAUGUGAAUUUAAAUAAUCAAGUUGACAAUUAAUUUGAUUGAACUGUUUUUAUUUCAUGUUAAUCAACAUCAGUAGACCAAAUUUUAAGAAAAAUUUUGGACGAUUAGUUCCCAAUCAAUUGAGAUUAAUUCAUACAUCGGUUGUUACAAUGGAGAGCAUCAAGUGCCUAAGCCAAGAGGAGGCCAUUAGAGUCGAUAAAGACUUAUUCAAUGAGUGCCAAUUUAGUGUCGAUCAAUUAAUGGAAUUAGCUGGACUCGCUGUUGCCACUGCCAUUUUUAAAACGUAUCCAUCUCGAUCUUAUAAAACUGUUUCCAUUUGCUGUGGUCCCGGAAACAAUGGCGGCGAUGGUUUGGUUGCUGCGAGGCAUCUCUUUGCAUUUGGAUAUCGGCCAUCAAUUUACUACCCAAAACCUGGAAAAUCUGAAUUAUACUCACGUUUAGUUCGACAAUGUGAGGAGGAUGAAAUUUCUUUUCUAACAAACUCAGAGGACGUUGAAAGAAGCUCAUUGGUUGUCGAUGCUGUUUUCGGAUUCAGCUAUAAACCACCAUGUCGAGAAGAAUUCAAAGAUCUCUUGGGAGUAUUAUCAAGAUGCUCGAACAGAUUGAUCAGUAUAGAUAUUCCUUCGGGUUGGCACGUUGAACAAGGUCCACCAACCGAUGAUACUCCAAAAUUACAACCCGAUUGUCUAAUAUCAUUAACCGCUCCUAAACUUUGUUCCAAGUUUUUCCAUGGUAAACAUCAUUGGUUAGGUGGCCGUUUCGUUCCUAAAACUAUCAUCAAACGGUACGAAUUGAGACUACCCGAUUUUCCAGGAUCUGAACAAUGUGUUAAAAUUGUUUGAGAUUAACACUAAUCACCACCACCACCAACCAACCUCAGUGAUGAUGAUGAUUGGCUGAUCAAGAUUAAGAAGGAGAGAGAAAAAAAGAGGAACAAUUAUAAAUGAAGAAGUUGAAACAAUUUAACAGGAUUCAAGAGAUUGACAAAUUAAUCACCUAUGCCUCAAUUCAAACAGUUGAUUAAUCACAAUCAGCAUCCAAAAGAAAAGUCGAGAGAGCAAUCAAGAGUUGAAUGAAAUUAACGACGAACUCUCAACUUUUUUUUUUCGAUUCUUAUUUUACCGUUAAUACGAUUACUUGUUUCCUGAUCCCGAUAACAUCAACAACAAUUUGUUAUUUGAUUGUUACAACUUCUCAAUUAACUUGUUCCAUUAUCAUACUCUGAUCAACAGAUCACAACAUAACCACCACCACAAAUCAUUUAACUAAUGUUAAUUAUUAUAAUAUUCUGAUUAAUAGCUUGAUUGCUUCUAUUCUAAAACAAUAAUUACCACCUAUUCUUCCAGAAAUCAAGAGUAAUAGAUCUUCCUAAUUAACAAACAAAAUCAAGAUAAUCUAUGGAUUGAUUAACCGUACAAAUCAUAAUUCUAAUACAAUUUCCGAUAAUAUUUUAAUCCCGAUUAGAUUUAAGUCUCGAUAAAAACACUAACCUAAUCCCGAGAGCAGAUGAAAACCAAAAGUGAAUCCAAAAUUCUGAUAGUUUAAUAAUAACAACAAAUGAAAACAAUUAAAAAAAUCAGAGAAAUUGAUAAUUAACAAUUAAACACUUUCUCUCAAUUAAUCUGUAUCUCUCAACAAUUAAUCUCAACAAUAAUAAUAACAAUUGUCUCCCAAACAAGAUUGUAUUUAUCUAUAGCAAAGAAAUGAGCUUAAUGACAAAUGUUUGAUAAUCAGCAAUUAAAGAAACACAAUUAAACUUUAA